AUGCGGCUCCACCAAGCAGUCCUUAGCCUCAACGAGCAAAAGAACGGACUGAGGAAAGGAUACGAUAAGCUUCAAAACGAGUACAAGGUGCUUGAGCAAGAGUACUAUCAGCUCAAGGGAGCCAUGGCAGCUUCUGAAGAGAGGCAGACUGAGCUGCUCGAUGAAGUACGCAAGUUGAGGGAGGAGAAUGGGUUUCUGAAGAAGUUCCCGAACUUACCGUUCGAUCUCGUUGUGAAGAAGGCGAUGAAGUGUCCUUGGGCUUCAGGCCUGGCGUGA